GUUUUUGUGAACAUGAGUGCAAGAAAACUAAGUUGGGUGUGGAGUUUUUUUACGAAAUGCAGUGAUGGUAAGCAAGUUACCUGCUCCAUUUGUGGAGCAGUCCUUAGUUUCCACCACUCCACUUCCUCGCUAAGCACUCACUUGAAACAAGUCCAUAAGAAGGAACCGAUUCGUGGUGGUGGCAUAACACCGGACACGAAUAUCGAUGCAACAAGUGGUGAAUGCGUUGAAACGCAGGCGAGCACCUCGGGUGGCCGUAAGAGAAAAAAGCACGACACCGUUCAUGACUGCACAUUUGAACGUCAGGAAUUGAUAUCUCGUGGAGUGGCACGCCUAAUCGCAAGUAACAUGUUACCAAUCCCUUUCGUUUCCUCUGAAGGCUUUCGCGACUUUAUGAAGUUAUUGGAACCAGGAUACAAAGUUCCCUCUCAACAAAGUAUACUCUCACGCUUACAAUUGUUUUAUAAUGACGUAAGAGAAAAAAAUGCAAACGAUUUGGCGGAGGUAGAAAGCGCAUCAAUUUCAGUGGACGAAUGGACAUCAAGAACUCAAGAUUGUUAUUUAUCAGUCGAAGCCCAGUAUAUUGACAAAAAUAGUGAAUUGUGCAAAGUUACACUUUGUAACGAGCAACUAGAAGACCGACCAAAUGCAGAAAACAUUGCAUCGGCAAUAGAAGUAGUUUUAGCCGAUUGGAACAUUUCCGACAAAACGCAAGCGAUAACGCACGACAGUGCAUCAGUCAGGAAUGCAGCAGCGCAACAACUUUUUAAUAUAGGGGACAGCAUCAAGUGCAGCGCUCACCUUUUGCAGCUUGUGAUAAAAGACGCAUUAGCAGCUGUACCUGAUUACGAUAAAAUUUGCAAAAAAGGACGAAAUUUAACAGCACAUUUUCAUCGCUCAAAUAUUGCCAAAACUGCACUAGUAAACCGCCAAGUACAGUUGGAGAUAAAGGAAAAUCGACUCAUACAAUGCUGCGAAACACGUUGGAACUCCAAAUAUUACAUGUGUGAGAGGCUGCUUUUGAAUCGAAAUGCAAUCUGCCUAGUUUUAUCAGAUAAAACCGUUACAAAAACUUGCGAUGCGCUGAGGCUAGAAAUGCAAGAGAAGGAGUGGGGUGAAAUGCAGAACUUGGUUGACAUUUUGAAACCUUUUGAUAAAGCGACUGCAGUGCUAUGUGGUGGCAAAAAUGUGACAUUGUCUUUAGUGCGACCUUUAAUACACCGUCUUAUUAAAAACCACAUGGCCGCAUCGUCGGAAGAUGAUGCAAAUAAAUAUAUAUUCAAAGAGACUGCAC